GUCGAUGUUUCAAUGUGUUCUUUUAUCGUGACAUCGUCUUUCGCGACAUUUUUUAAUCGGUACAAUUAUCGGUUUGCCGCAUCAUUUAGGUUUGUUGUAUAAAAUGUUGAUGCUGGGAAGUGAUAAUGAUGAGUGACGAUGAUAUGAUGAUUGUAAUUACUGUGCUGAUUGUAAUUACUGUGCUGAUGGCGACAGCAAUGAUUAUAAGAAUGAUAAUGAUGGCUAAGAUAUAUUAAUGAAGAUGGUAGUGAUUUUGGUGGUGGCAAUGCUGGUGAAGAUGUUUGGAUAAUGACAAUGGUGAGCUGGCUGGGGUUUCACAGUAUAAAACAGGAGACUGUCAUUAGCCUGGAAGCAGUGACCAGUGGAUUUCAGCCUUUUCCUUUGCCAGAGAUGAGACGUGGUCAGAAACUUCUAAAUCUUAUGCAGGGGGAAUGCAAGGAUUUUAUGAUAACGUACAUGCAAUGCCUCAAGAAAAACAAGAACAUGAACUUCAACUGCCGCGCUGAGUCCCAAGCAUACUUGCAGUGCAGGAUGGACAGAGAGCUCAUGGCAAAAGAAGACCUUGCUAAACUUGGCUUUAGAUCUUCUGCUGGAACUGACGCUAAGCAGUCCUCGUCAAAUCAAAGAACAUCAGAUAACUCUAAAUAGUAACAAGGCAUUGCUAAGAAUAGCCUGCUUGCCGGCUCACAUUUGGGGUUAUUUGGAGAUGUUGUGCCUUUGAACAUUGGGCAUCCUGUGGUGUGAAAAGGGACGAGAUGCAGCGGAUCAGCUUGUGAACCUCAGACUGGGCGCAUUUGAAAAUUUAACUUUUCUAGUUGACCCUAAAUGAGAGCCAGCUUUCUGGUUAUGCUAUGGAAAAUAAGUAAAACUACAAUAAGCUUAGAGGUGUAAUGUUAUAAAAAGGGCUUGUAUUAUCCAAGCUUUGAUGUGGCUACCCUGGUCGCAUAGCUGUCAACUCUCCCGCAUUGGGCAGGAGUCUCAGGAUUUUGAACCUUUUCUCAAGCCAAAUUUUCUUGAAAAUAUCCAUACAUUUACUGUAUUCUCCCGCACUAGUUAUCUUGGUACUUUUUACUGUAUUUUCUCAAGAUUUUUCCUAAAGCGAGAUUGACAGCUAUGUGGGGUCAUAUCAUACAACUAAGAGGUUAAGAGAUAAAUCUGUGAGAUGUAAGAGGAAUCAGUCAUGUCCUGUUGUUCUACAACAUAUUUUUAUAAACAGUCAGCUUUAGAGCUGCUGUAAGCCGUGGCUAAGCCAAAAGACUGGUCUAUAAACUGCAAGCCAAAUCCAAACAGGUAUCGAAUGAUAACUGCCUUAAACCCCAUAAAGAAAGCGUUUUGAACUAUGAAAUGAGGCCUUGUUGUAAUUAGCUUGCAAGCCCUUUUAUAAUAAAUCGUAUUUACUUGACCAGGAAGGAAGUAUUAGUUGACCUAAUACAAGAAUUGUCAAACAAUGGAAAACUAAAAAAUCUCAAUCUAAAACCCAAACUAAUUUCAAAUUCCUCAGGGAUACUGUAUUUUGUGUUUUCUAACUCGAAUGACUCAAACUUUUAGCUUUACUCGAGGGCGGUAAAUAAUGUGUAAAGUACACCCCUGAUUGAUAAUAGAGGGGCAUUAGAAAUGAAGAAGAUAAAGGAAUAAAUAAAGUUUGAUAAAAAAA